AUGAAUUUCUACAAACAAGCCUCAGAUAUUUUGGAAAAAUUGCAGAACCGUAAGAGCAGCAUCAAAAGCCUCACAUUGGCCGAUGAUGUCAAAGAAAAGAAAAAAAUGUAUGCGUUGAUAUGUAACACGCUAAAAUACAAGGGUGUGAUCGAUAAAAUAAUAGAUAAUUCUCAAUUGCUUGUGGUGGAGAAAAAGCUUCCAAGAAACAUUGCAACAUUGUUGGUACAUGAUCUGCUAUUUUCACCCAAUGGACUAAAAUCCUUAUCCGAUGGUCCUUAUAAAAAAUCGAUUUUAAAGCACGAAAUAAGAUUAAAAUGUGAACUGGUGAAAUUGAAAGUUAAAUUGAAAGUAAAAAACAAUGAAGAUUUGAUAAAUCCGGAAUUAAGAAAUUCAGAAACUACGGUUCCAAGGUACAUUCGAGUUAACACACUAAAAACCACUGUUGAGAAAGUAGUGGAACAUUUUAAGGCAAAAAAGUACAAACUCGAAGAAUCGAACGAUGACUUGGGUGAUAUAAGUCCACAGACCAUUAUUAAAGACAAGCAUUUACCUGAACUUCUAAUAUUACCUCCCAACACCGAUCUCCAUAAUGACCCACUUUAUUUAUCCGGUGAUAUAAUCCUCCAGGACAAGGCAUCGUGUUUUCCCUCAUUUAUUUGCUCUCCACUUAUUGACUCCCACGUGAUCGAUGCAUGCGCUGCCCCUGGAAACAAAACCUCACACCUUUCGUCGAUAAUGCAAAAUUCUGGAAAAAUAUGGGCUUUCGAUAUUGACAAGAAACGACUGGAGUUGUUAAAAAAGUUGACUCGAAAGGCGGGAUGCGAGAAUAUAGUAGCUGUUCACGGAUCAUUUCUCGAAGAAAACCCUCUAGAUUCAAAAUACUCUAACGUCGAAUGCAUAUUACUUGACCCCUCUUGUUCCGGAUCCGGUAUGGUGAGUCGACUGGCCGAAAAUACACAAGAUCAACUUGAUUCCACGCAGAAACCUCUAGUGGAACGUCUUAAAAAUCUAAGUGAAUUUCAAGAAAGGAUGAUUCUGCAUGCUUUUAAAUUUCCUACCGUCAAAAAAAUUGUGUACUCUACAUGUUCAAUUUAUGCACAAGAAAAUGAACACGUGGUUAGGCGUGUGCUUGAGCAAACUAGCGUUUUUGAGUUGGCCGAUAGAAAGGAUGUAAUGCCCUCGUGGUCAAGGCGUGGUAUCACAAGUGAAAUGGGUGAUGAUGAAGAGGCAGCAGAGAAGCUUGUACGUUCAAUUCCGAAUGAAGAUCAUACGAAUGGGUUUUUUGUUGCUUGCUUUGUACGAAAAUCGGUACAAUGUGAGAAUAAUGUGAGAAGCAAAGUUGAUUCUAUGGAUAAUAGUAUUGACGAUUCGUUUAUUGCCCCGCCGGAAACCAAACAUAGUUUGAAAAGAAAGAAAAGAGGAUAA